CUAAUGUUUAAACACUAACAAUUUAUGAUCUUGACACAAGCGUAGUUGCUUAAGUCUUAAGUGGUUGCCACUUUUGCAAAUCUUCAAAGUUCUACUCUCGAAAGUUAUGUUUUAGAAAGAGUUCUGAGGUUUUCAAGAUUUUCAUCUCAUUGAAAACACUAUGUAUUCGAAUCACGCUUUUUCAACACCAUUUUCUGUUAAGGACAUCUUGAGUUGGACAGAACAGCAGCAGGCAGCGGCUCAUUAUGGGAUGGAUUUUAAUAGUUUUAAUAUGAAUUCCGGUUACUAUGGCUACGAAACACCUAGACUAGGAGAACAGAUGAAUUCUAUGUCGCAAAUGUCGCCUAUGAUGAAUUCAUUAGGAGGAAAUUCUUGUCUUUACAGCAGCAACAACACAUCACCAUCGCUUCAACCAACGUAUACUAACCUCACGUGCAGUCCGUCGGUGUCAUCAAUGACGUCAAUGCCGUCGGGAAUGCAGUUGCCGUUACAAAACGACGGUAUGUCACCAAAGCAUGACUCGUACGACACGCAUGGUGCACCAACGCCUGGCUCGGAGCAAGAUGAAAUGCAUAACGCAGGACAGGCAUUGGCACAGUCAUCGCAACCGCCACCUCCAGGUCUCGAACCAGGAUCAGUUCUUCCACAAAAUAAUCAACCCAACCUUCCACAACCAAUGAUUAAACACGAGACAAGUGAUGAUAUGAUGGAUAAAGACGCUUCCGGUAUGGUGCAAUCAGACGACAAUUUAUCCGACUGUGAAAAGUCUGACUCCUCCGCGGUAAAAAAGGAGUCCGUCAGUGGUGAAUGUCAGAUGAUUAAACAACGGCAACGGAGAAAACCAAGGGUACUCUUUUCUCAACAACAAGUAUUCGAACUUGAGAGACGAUUCAAACAACAACGGUACUUGUCAGCACCGGAAAGAGAGCAGCUCGCAACACUUCUCAAACUUACUUCCACUCAAGUAAAAAUUUGGUUCCAAAACAGAAGAUAUAAAUGUAAACGUCAAAAAUUGGACAGGAACUUGGAAUUGUCAACGAUGUCGGUUCCGCGCCGGGCACCAGUAACUGUGACAAUGAGAGAUGGCAAGCCAUGCAUGCUGGGAAACAGCAUGCCGCCAUCAUAUCCGUCAGCACCCUACAACGUUAACAUGUUCCCGGCUUAUUCCGCGUCGUACACAAGCCCAAGUUAUAAUAGUGUAAAUAUGGGCUCAUUACCGGGUGUUAAUCAGAUAUCUCCACAGAGCGGGGGUUAUGUUCAACAACCUAUGCACCAGCCAGGAAUAAGGGCGUGGUGAACUUUGUAAUAACUUAAACAUAUGAUUCCCACUUAAUGUGCUUAUCGGCUCCGUGUUGAUGAAUGACACAAAAGUUAUCCGACUGGAGAGUUUGGAAACAAAAAUGGCAGAAACUGAAAUCGCGUCGGUGUACCCAGUGAAAUAAGAGAGCCAUAAAUUAAGCAUCUGUAACUUGUUGCGUAUGAAUAUAUUUUCAGAUCUAUUUUUAUUUCUGUCCGAUUGUAGUAUAAUGUUAUAUUAUUUUAAUUAAUGUAAGAAUAAACCGUACAUUGUACGAUUGUACAUUGUCGAAAUAACGGAAACGUGUGACCCGUGUCACGUGACUGACUCAUCAUUUAUCAAUGUGUAGGAAUGGAGUUGACAACGUAUAGAGGUGGUUGAACUGCGUUCCCAUUUCCGUUGGGAACGGAUGUUGAUCAAAGAUAUGGUUUUAUUUUACACCACCAACAAAAACAAAAAAAUACAUAUAUAUUUUCAUUUCACUUUCAGUCAUACUAGAUAUUGUUAACAAAAUGCCACAUGAUAAUGAUAACAAAGUAAUGCAAAAAAAACUGUCAAAGAAACUAUUAAAACAUUAUUCAUUAUUUUUUUUUUGUAAUUUUUCAUCUCAGUGUGAUUUUAUAUACAUUUGUAUUUUACUCGUGCACGGCUUGAUUAUCUCGUGCAGAGAGUUCUGUUUCCAGUGUGCCAAUUAAUGAGAAUCUCAAUUAAGAUAUUGUUAUGUCUUUGAUAUUCUAGUCAUAUAUUUUUGUCAAAUUAAAACGAACUGUCAUAAUAUAAUAUAUAUAUAUAUGUGUAUAUUUUAAUGAAUUUUUGUGCCUUUUUCGUGCAUUUUACCUUUUUAAAUCCGUACUUAGUAACUAUAAUAUUUUUUCUCAAUAUUUAAUUAUUUUUGUUUUAUUUAAAAUGCAAUAUAUGAAGUUACAGCGAUCUUUUCCGCCGACGUUUUCUCUCACAAUUUCAGAUUUCACUCAAUAAAAUAUCAUAGAAUGUGAUUCAGACCUUUUAUACGGGGUUUUUAUCGCAGUUUUAAUCGAUUUAACACGAUAAGUAUGUAUAUUUUUGUUUAACUUAUACGCACGCAAUCUGAUGAAAAUUGCUCAUUUUGAUAUGGUAACAUCGCUAACACCUGCAUUUUAUAUCCAAUUUUAAAUUAUAAAUUGAACAAUUUCUACACCCCUCUGGAAUCGACAUAAGAGUUAUCGGUCUUUAAAUCUUCAGAUAAGAACUUUUAUUGUGUAGAUUUGUUGAAUUAAAAUUCAUUUAAAAGACGAACUGGCAAAUGAAAUAUUUGAAACGGAAAGAUGAGUUUAUAAUAAGUACAGACAAUUAUGUUCCAUUAAACUAUUUUCUUGUUAAGGAAAAGUCCUUGACAUUGAAUUAGAUCUAGUAAUUUUCAAAAGAAAUAAACUUGUCAGAAAAUUUAUGAUUAAAUAUAAUAUUAUCAGUUUAUUAUUUAUUUAUUUUGUUUUAAAACGUGUUGCGUCCGUUACAGAAUCACGCCCACGUGACUAACAAUAAACCAAAUGACAAUUUUUUUAUUAUGGAAUAUUUCUGGGAUUUUUUUUUUCGUUACAAAUUACCAUUUGUACAAUCAUUCAUUUUACUUCAAUUUAAACCUCUUAAAUCUUACAAUUAAUUAAAGUGAAUAUAAGUAAUUUUCUUUAUUUUGAAAUAUUUAUUUCAGUGACCAUUUUUUAUCUGUCCAUUUAGAGGAUAGUUUUACAUAUGAUUUAGUGAAUUAUAGAUUUUGAGAGAAGUUUUCUUCAUUGGUCAAUUCAUUUUAACGAGAAUUGUCGCAUGACGCGUCACUAACGCGCACGCGCACGCUGCAGACGUUCUAAAACCUUUAUUGUAUAAAUAAAUGUUAUCUAUGAAAUACAAGAUUCUGUCAGUGAUGUAAAAUUUAUAAACUGUAUUUUCCUCAUGCAAAUAAUGUUUUUUUUAUUAUUAAGCAUACGGAAACGUCAAAGUCAUUCUUUUUUAUAUUUGACCAAUGCAACACAUUCAAAACGGUUUUUUUAGAAGUUCUCAAAAUUCACUAAAAUGUUAAUCAUAUCUAAUAAAAAAAAAUAAAAAAAAAAAAGUUCUGUAAUUUUCUUCCUCAAAUUUGCAUCGGUAGAUAUAUGUUAUAUGUUAACAGCAGGUAAGACAACGUAUGCCGGAAGUGCACUUUGUUUAUUGAUAUAUUCUUACCAUACCUUUUUGUACCUAUUUCUAUUUGUAUAUGUUGUUUUUGUGUAUAUUUUGAUAAAAAAAAAUCGAGAACUUAAUAAAUCAUAAUUAUAAUAUACAACAAAUGUUUAACUAUGCAAUAAAAUAUAAAUUGUUCAUAA